AUGAAGCCAACCUCACCACUCUCGCUCCUCCUCUUCCUCCAGCUUGCAUCUGCAGCUCCUCUCCCAGAGACUCUCUUCCCCUCCGACUGUCACUAUACAUCUUGCGCAGGGUUUCGCUCGGCGCUCCUCUCCUCCAAGCCAAAUACACCUCCUACCCGCCUCACAAGUCCUCACUUCCCUGCGCACCAGCUGUCCUCCCCCGAUACUCUCGAUGUAGACGCAUUCGAUAAUCGACCUUUCUCCCCCUCAGAGGAUAUCCGUCCCAGCGUCGCGCUGACCUCUGAUCGCCCUCUCUCCUCCAGCUUUCUCCUCUCCCUCGCCAACCCCGCGUCCAGCCCCUCCAUCCAAAAAGCACCGCAGUCAACGAGCUCGGAAGAUUCGCUUGCCUCGAAACCAACCAGCGCAUUACCGAAUCUGCGAAGGGAAGACGCGGAGAGGUAUUGGGCGUCUCUGCGACCUGCGAGUGGAAAGAAGGAGGACGAGGCUGUGGAGGACGAUGGCCAGCGCCGUAAAGUCGUGUGUGGUGCCACCGGUUUUAUCGCAGAGAGCUAUGUGUCUUUCCAUGGCGUACGUCUGGCGAGAGAUUAUAGCGACUUGAUGGUUGUCGGUAUCGUGGUGCUGUUCUUGGCUGCGGUGGUUGCGCUGGAACUGGUGGAGCGAAUUGAGCAUGUCGGCAGAUCUUACGGUCGUCGACGAACACGGAGGGGACAAAUAUUUUUGGAGGAUGAUGAGACGCUCGCAUACAUUGUGAAGAAGCCAGUAUCUCUACAGGCGGAUUCUUUACAAUAUCAGAUCUCACUGGGUCAACAUCAGGACGAGAAGGAGGCAUUUCAGUAUGAUAGCGAUGCAGCUGAAAAUGUUUGA